CUACAAAACAAACUGAUAAAAAUGGUUAACUAUUAACUUCUUAAAAAAUCUUCCUUGCCGUCUCUGCUACCCCCAAAGUGCCGUAUUCCUUUGGUAACUGUUAAAAAAAAGCAGUCUUUUUUCUCCCCUUUUAUGAAUCUUGAAAUUGAAUUGUUACAUUUAGGCACAACAAACAUUUUCCAAUCUUCUUGUUCUUUCAAUCCCAUGAGUUUUUACUGAAUUUAAGAAGAUGGGUUGAUCUUGAUUGUCCAAUUUGUGUAAUUUGCUAUUGAUUUUAAGUUAAAGAUUGAGUUUUUUUUUGUUCAGUUUCUUGAUUUUCAAUCCAAAUGGUCUAUUGUGAAAAGCUCUAUACUGCCAGUUGACCAAGAAAAAAGAACAUGUUUAAUUCCAAGAAUCAUUCUGGUUGUCAGCAAUCUCGUUAUGCUUUGAUUGAUGUGAUGAUCUUGAUUGCUGUGAUUGGUGCUUGUGGGAUUUUGCUGUAUCCUUCUGUUAGUCUUUUAGUGAAUAAUAUAGCUGAAUUUAUGAGAUUAAUCAGUUCUGAAUUGAAAGAGGAAAUAGUUGAAGCACCAGGGGUAUACAUCUGUUUAGGACUUAGUCUUUUAUUUGCUGGAAUAGCUCUUUGUGCAGUUGUUGUAUGUACUGGCAGGAGAUGUGGGAAACCGGGUUGUCGUGGGCUUAAGAAGGCUGCUGAAUUUGAUAUACAAUUAGAGACAGAAGAUUGUGUUAAGAACUCAAAUUCUAGAUCAAAAGAUGGAGUCAAUAAGAAGGGACUAUUUGAGUUACCUCGCGAUCAUCAUAAAGAAUUGGAAGCUGAGCUUAAAAGGAUGGCACCACCUAAUGGAAGAGCUGUUCUGAUAUUUCGAGGGAGAUGUGGAUGCUCUGUAGGAACAAUGGAAGUGCCUGGACCGAAGAAGACUCGAAAGGUUAAGAAAUAGGAGUAAUGUUUAUCUGUAAGAGACAUAUUUUAUACUGAAUCAGGCCUAAUGAUCGCAUAUAAGAAGAUACUAUUUCCUUCAAGAAGCUUAUAUUGAAAUAAAUCUAAUGGAUUAUAUAGAAAA